AUGACCGUUUCAAGCAUGGGCUUGGCCUGGGCCAUGCCUGUCAAGCCAAACGAGCUCGUCGCGCAGCUGGAGAAAUACGAAGCGGCUCUUCCAAUCAUCCACACACUUCGUCUCUGCCAUCGUUUUGGCAAGGGUGACAACGUCCACGUCAUGAAGCUUCCCGUGGAGGUGGAGCAGCUCAUCGAAGACCUUGUCCUCAACUCGGCCGUAAUCCCCGAUUAUGCACACGGACCUGAUCGCAUGAUCGUCCACUUCGAAAACAGAUGCACUCCCAGCACCCAUGCGAACCAUACUUAUGCCGACGUGUUCGACGCUGUGAUUGAUGAUAUGGCUGACGACCUGUGUGACACCUGCCAAGCCUCUGAGGAGAGCUUAUUCAGCCCGAACUGCAUUGAGGGAUGCGAAAAGAUGGUUGAUGAUGAGAUCAAUGCAGAGCUUAGCGAAGGUGACGAGUUCUUCGAUAUCUGUGAGCAGAAGCGAGCGAAUUGGUGGCAGUUGAUCAACCAAAAACCUGGUGGCGGUUUCAUUCUCCUCAAGCAUUUCGGUUUAAAGGCACAUUUUGCAACGACGCGCGCAACGGACGGGAACGAAGACAAGUGGCCCGAGAAUCCAAAUCAGUGCUGGCAUUCAACCCGACCCGUGCAAACAACGACCUGCUACCUCACCUUGCCCCGCCGUUCGUCGGACGAAAGCAAGUACAGCGCCGUGGAAUUCGAAGAAGGCGACGAGUUCCCGUGCAUCGAGGUAGGGGAGGCCUGGUUUGUCGACCUUCCCACUUUGGAGCAGCGAGAGAAGCAUGUCCGACAGUUCAAGCUCGUCCGUCGUCAACUGCGACUCAAGCCGUCCAUCCAUCCCAGUCAAUUGGCGAAACGAAUCUCUGCCGAAGUGGAUGCUAAGGAUUCCGGGGAGGCUACAACCAAACACGGUAAGAAGAAUAAAUCCACCAACGGAACCGAGGGUGAGGCUCCGACGAAAGGGACGGGCAUGUUAGGUAAGUCGCCUGCAUCGACUGACGUAUGGUUGUCGACAUACUGA